AACGAGUCUGCCAAUAGCGGAUUUUGAUUGGCCAAAGGGAGGUCCCGCUUUAAUCUCAGCACCAAUGGGAGCGCUCGUUUUCCUGCUGUUUUUGGAACACGUGUAGACCCGGAACUAGGAAGACACCAGCGUGCUGAAGAAGAAUCGCGGAUCGUAGGUGAGGAGAGUGGAAAUCAUGAUAACCCCUGCAUUUGACAUUAGUCAAGAUUCAGAUUUUCUUACAAUAAUUAUCAAGGUUCCGUAUGCCAGAGCUUCAGAAAUUGAUAUUUACAUCGAAGGCGAUGACUUCAAAUUCUACGCCAAGCCAUAUUUCCUGAGGCUGGCACUGCCAGGAAGGAUCGUAGAAGAUGGAAGACAAAAGGCAACUUACAAUGCUGAUGACGGUAUCAUAACAGUUAGUGUACCAAAAGAAACACCUGGACAGCAUUUUGAGGGUCUGGAUCUGCUGACUUCCCUUCUGGCACCUCGAGGAUCAAAGUCAGCCAAGCCCCUGGUAGAAGAAAUUGGGUCUUCAGACAAUGUUGUUGAGGAGGAAGAAGAUGAAUUUGAUUGGCAGAUAGAGCAAACUCCUUUCGUGGAACCCACAGAAGAGGCCCUCCAGUCACAGUGCACUUAUGGCUUUGGAAACUUACGGUCAGGGGUCUUCAGACGGUUGCAGGAGGAAUUGAAUGAUGUUAUUGACUUAAGGGAUCCAGACGUCACUCCGGCAUCAGAGCGCACGCGGAGGCGUCUGGCAGCUGAAAAGGCGAAGUUUGACCCUGAUCAUUACCUCGCUGAUCUGUUUGAAGAGGAGCCUGUUCAGCAUUUACUGAAAUAUCAGCCCUGGUGGGUGGCUGAGAUACACGCAGGAUGCAGUCUGUCAGCAGAGAGUCAGGAGAGAAGAGUUUCCUUCAGUGACAAACAGAAGGAGCAGCUGAGAAAAUUCACAAACAAGUCACAUUUGCUUGAUAAGAAAACGCAGCAACAAGCCUACCUGGGGCUGAUCGAUCUCCUCCUGGCCUACUGCUAUGAAGUCCGUGUCACAGAAGGCGACCAAAAUGUGGAAUCUGCCUGGAACAUAAGGAAGUUAAGUUCAACUCUCAGCUGGUUUGAGAAUUUCACCUGUGUAAAGGACAUCUUGGUGUCAUUUGGUCGACGAGUUCUGUGUUAUCCUCUUUUUCGGAACUUCCAGCUUGUGGAAAAAGCAAUUGCAGACACAGUCUCUCUGCUGAAACUGGGUAAGGCUGCUGUCCUGAAAUGCUUGUUGGAAAUCCACGCUAUAUUCCAAGAGAAUGACCCAGCAUAUAUCCUAAACGACCUCUACAUUACAGACUAUUGCAUAUGGAUUCAGAAAGUCAAAUCUAAAAAGGUAGCCUCUCUGUCGGACUGCGUCCAGUCGCUGAGCAUUUCUAAAUCAGAUCUGGGGUUCGAACUGGGGGAGCUCGAAGAAGCCGCACGUCUUGUGCAGGAGGAAGAGACGCAGGGGCAGUUGGCGUCGAGCACCUGUCUUGUCCGACCGCUGGCGACUGUCGCUUCCGAAUCAUCAGACACCGACAGCUCUACAUCUGACACAGACGACUCCUCGUCGGAAACAGAAGACUCUACAUCGGAGGAAUCGACAUCAGAAGAAGAAGCAGAUCCUACAGACAGUGAGUUGCAGAAGGCUAUUGUGCCUGGGCAGAAUAGCAGGGUUCAGAGUUCUCUAGAGAAAGCAGGCGAGGAGAAAAACAAACUGCCCGCAGCUGGAAAAGCAGAGACGACAGUCACGGAACAGAUGAAACAUCUAGCUGAGAAGAUGAAUAGUGCAGUUAUUCUUUCAGAAGCCCCCGUGGGACCACCCGGCGUUCAGGACAAGUCCCCAGAGAAGAAAGCUGGAGAAUGCACAGCACAGUCGGCACAAAGCACUACAGGGACACCAAUGACCAGGGAAUUUUUAGAGGUGACACCGCGGCUGAAUCCACUGCUCAUUGUUCCUCUCUCGGAUGAGGAUGAUGAGUUAGCGGAACACUGAUGGCUUUCCUCAGUGAAUCUGUUUAGGAUUCUCUCUGGGAGACUGAGACACUGCAAUUAAUAGUGACAAUGCCUUGGAAUCGGAAUGGGGCAGUGGGGUGUGUUAUUGGCCACCGUACAGAAGUAUUCCAGGCUAUCCGGGGAUUACACAAGGGUGGGGUGUGCAGGACACUAAGGUCAUUGAACCAUUAUAGGAUUUCUCAUGUUUUUUUUUUUUUUCCACCACAUUCUUCUGUCUGGUAAACGCAGGGUCAGAAUACCCCAAAUUACCCAUGAUUGCUCCCUAUGGGAAUUGCAACUCCAGCAUGGAAGAAUCUGACAAUUGUGAUAAAUUAAUUGAAAAUGUACUAAAAAAAACACUAGGGGCGUUUGCAAAGUUUGAAGUAUUGUGUGUUGUAAACCCUGCCAAACUGGACUAUAAAUCCCAGAAUAAUGUAUAUAUCAUAUAAUGAUGGUUGAGGCAUGCUGGGAACUGUAGAGCAGCAACAUCAGGGUUGUAUUCUUAAGGCAAUAUAGCACAAUAAAACUUUUCCCCAAA